GGGAUAAAGUGCACUGCGCAGGCGUUAGGCCACAGAGCGGUGAAAGACUCUGGACUGCAGGACACAGAACAAUUCAAACGCAGCGGAGCCAGUGACAGGAACACGAGACUACAACUCCAAACGAUCUAACAAAGUCAAAGAAAGAAAGCGGAAAAACGUUAACGAGAUGCCGGUUACAGAGAAAGACUUGGCAGACGACGCGCCAUGGAAGAAAAUCCAACAAAACACUUUUACGCGCUGGUGCAACGAGCACUUAAAGUGUGUGAACAAGAGGAUAGCCGACUUGCAGUUGGACCUGAGRGACGGGCUGCGGCUUAUCGCCCUGCUGGAGGUACUGAGCCAGAAGAAGAUGUACCGAAAGUAUCAUCCUAGACCMACUUUCCGCCAGAUGAAACUCGAGAACGUGUCCGUGGCGCUGGAGUUCUUGGACCGGGAGAAUAUCCGACUCGUCUCCAUAGACUCGAAGGCCAUAGUGGAUGGGAACAUGAAACUGAUCCUGGGCAUGGUGUGGACUCUGAUCCUCCAUUACUCCAUCUCCAUGCCGGUGUGGGAAGACGAGGUGGAUGACGAGGCGGAGAAGAAGACCCCGAAGCAGAGGCUUCUGGGAUGGAUCCAGAAUAAAGUGCCAGACCUGCCCAUCAACAACUUCAGCAAAGACUGGCGGAGUGGCAAGGCCCUGGGAGCCUUGGUCGAUAGCUGUGCUCCAGGUCUGUGUCCUGACUGGGAGACGUGGGACAACAAGCCUUCAGACAACGCACAAGAGGCCAUGCAGCUGGCUGAUGACUGGCUGGGCAUCCCUCAGGUGAUUGCACCAGAGGAGAUCAUUGACCCCAGUGUGGAUGAACAGUCCGUGAUGACGUACCUGUCCCAAUUCCCAAAAGCCAAACUGAAGCCUGGCGCACCCCUCAAACCCAAACUCAACCCCAAGAAGGCCCGUGCAUAUGGACCAGGUCUGGAGCCAGUAGGUAACAGGGUGUUGCGCCCUGCUAUCUUCACGGUGGAUGCGUUCAGCGCAGGUCAGGGACAGGUCACGGUUUACGUGGAGGACCCAGAAGGAACCAGAGAAGAAGUGAAGGCAGUUCCUAACGAAGGGAAGAAAACCUUCAGUGUCACCUACAUACCCCAGGUUAUGGGUCAUCACAAGGUGACGGUGCUCUUUGCAGGCCAGCAGAUCCCCAAGUCUCCGUUUGAGGUGAGCGUGGACAAGGCUCAGGGAGACCCCACCAAGGUUACAGCUAAAGGGCCUGGACUGGAAGCUAUUGGAAACAUAGCCAACAAACCUACUUACUUCGACGUCUACACUGCAGGGGCAGGAGUGGGAGAUGUGUCGGCUYUCAUCAAGGAUCCUCAGGGCAGACCGUUGGAGGCCGUGAUGGAGGAUAAGGGAGACAGUGUGUUCAGGUGUACCUACAAGCCCACCCAGCAAGGUCCUCACACAAUCACCGUCACUUUCGGAGGCAUCGCCAUUCCCAAGAGUCCUUCUACUGUCAACAUUGGACCAGCGUCAAUGCCAGGGGCGUGUCGUGCCACAGGACGUGGCCUCCAGCCCAGAGGGGUCAGAGUGAAACAGGUGGCUGACUUCAGAGUGGACACCAGGAACGCAGGAAGUGGGGAUCUAAAGGUCACAGUCAAAGGACCCAAAGGUAUMGAGGAACCAGUGAAACAGAAGGAGUCUGGUGAUGGGGUGUUUAACUACGACUAUUACCCUCACACCCCUGGGAAGUACACGGUCACCAUCACCUGGGGAGGACAGCACAUCCCCAAGAGUCCGUUUGAGGUGGGGGUUGGUCCYGAGGCGGGCCACCAGAAGAUCAGGGCCUGGGGGCCAGGUCUGGAGGGAGGCAUGGUGGGUAAAUCCGCUGACUUUGUGGCGGAAUCCAUCGGCACUGACGUGGGCGUUCUAGGCUUUGCCAUCGAGGGCCCGUCCCAGGCCAAAAUAGAGUGUGAGGACCAGAACGAUGGUUCAUGUGAUGUGAAGUACUGGCCGUCGGAGGCAGGGGAGUACGCUGUCCACGUGAUGUGUGACGACGACGAUAUAGAGGACAGUCCCUUCAUGGCCUACAUCGUCCCUGACAACCAGGACAGCAACCCCAGCUUGGUGAAGGCCUACGGUCCAGGCCUGGAGAAGAGUGGCUGUGUCAUCAACAAACCGGCAGAAUUCACCGUCAACACUAAGGAUGCUGGGACAGGCCCCCUGAAGAUCUCUGCCCAGAGUGCCGAAGGCGGUCCCCUCGACGUUAAGGUGAAGAAGACUGGAGACGGUGUCUAUGCCUGUUCCUACACGCCCGUUGCCGCGGUCAAACACACGGUCGCCAUCACCUGGGCAGGAGUCAGUGUACCCAACAGUCCCUUCAGGGUGAAGGUUGGGAAGGGCAGCCAUCCUCACAAGGUGAAGGUUUUCGGUCCAGGAAUAGAGAGGACGGGACUGAAGGCCAAUGCACCACACUUCACUGUGGACUGCACAGAGGCUGGGGAAGGGGACGUGAGUGUGGGUAUCAAGUGAGCCAAUAUAAUCAGUGAUAAAGAGGAGGGUGACUUUGAUAUCAUCCCAAAUGCCAACGACACCAUCACGGUGAAAUACAUCCCUCCUGGAGCAGGACGUCUCACCAUUCCAUACCCCAAGUAUACUCCAAUACAACAGGGAGAGAUGGUAAUCAUCAUAACGUUUGGAGGAGAUGUCAUCCCCAAGAGUCCCUUUGCUGUGGGAGUGGCUGCUCCUCUGGAUGUCACCAAGGUCCAGGUCAACAACCUGGAUGGCAGAGUGGAGGUGGGGCAGGACCAGGAGUUUGUGGUGGGCACCAAGGGAGCGGGAGGCCAGGGUAAACUGGAGGUCAAGAUCAGCAGCCCUAGUGGUAAGCAUGUCCCCUGUGUGCUGGAGGCUCAGCCCGGGAAGAAACCCGAGAACAGCACGGUGAAGUACAUCCCCAAGGAGGAAGGUCUCUACGCUGUGGAGGUGACCUACGAUGGACACCCAAUCCCAGGCAGUCCCUUCCCUGUGGAGGCCACACUGCCUCCAGACCCCAGCAAGGUGAAAGCGUUUGGUCCAGGUCUGAAGGGAGGGCUGGUGGGUAAUCCUGCCGAGUUCACCAUCGACACUAAAGGUGCAGGUACCGGUGGCCUGGGCUUGACUGUGGAGGGGCCCACCGAAGCCAAGAUCGAGUGCUCUGAUAACGGGGACGGGACAUGUAGCGUGUCGUACCUUCCCACGGAGCCAGGAGAGUACCUGGUGAACAUCCUGUUUGAAGAGACACAUAUCCCAGGAUCCCCCUUCCAUGCUGACGUCAACUACCCCUUUGACCCCACCAAGGUGGUGGCGUCUGGCUCGGGCCUGAAGAGGGCCAAGGUGGGAGAGGCCAGUGUGGUGAACGUGGAUUGUUCCAGGGCUGGACCGGGUCAACUCACCCUGGACGCUGCCUCUGACUCUGGCAACAAUAAGGCUAAGACGGAGGUGAUCGACAACAAAGAUGGCACCUACACAGUGACCUACGUGCCCCUYACCGCUGGGAUGUACACCCUGCUARUGAAGUACGGAGGCAAGGCGACGCCUGGUUUCCCUGCCAAGGUGAUGGUCGACCCUGCUGUGGACACGUCCAGAGUCAAGGUGUUUGGCCCCGGAGUGGAGGGACGAGCGUUGUUCCGGGAAGCGACUACGGAGUUUACGGUCGAUGCCAAGUCUCUGACUAAGAAGGGAGGUGACCACAUCAAAGCCCAGGUCAGAAAUCCCUCCGGAGCCUUGACUGACUGUAUCGUCACUGACAAGGCAGACGGGACCUAUGGCAUUGAGUACACACCCUUCGAAAACGGCGUCCAUGCUGUGGAGGUGCUGUAUGAUGAGUCUCCGGUCCCGAAGAGUCCCUUCCAGGUGGGGGUAGAGGAGGGCUGUGAUCCCACCAGGGUUCUGGCUAAGGGCCCCGGGCUCCAGGAGGCCAUCACAGAGGCCCCCAACAACUUCUCCAUCAURACCAGAGGGGCAGGUAUCGGAGGCCUGGGCAUCACGGUAGAGGGCCCAUCCGAGUCUAAGAUGUCCUGUAAAGACAAUAAGGACGGUAGCUGUAACGUGGAAUACAUCCCAUUUGUCCCAGGCCUGUACGACGUUAACAUCACAUAUGGAGGACAACACAUCCCAGGCAGUCCAUUCAAGGUACCAGUGAAGGACAUGGUUGACCCCAGCAAGGUGAAGAUCUCAGGACCCGGCGUGAGCUCAGGGGUCCGCGCCAAUAUCCCACAAUCCUUUACUGUGGACUGCAGCAAGGCCGGGGUGGCUCCGCUCUCUGUAGCAGUCACAGCACCUAAAGGUGUGGCUGAGCCGGUGGAGGUGACAAACAACGGGGAUGGAACACACACUGUAGCCUACACCCCUUCAGUGGAGGGACCCUACUCUGUAGUGGUCAAGUACGCUGACGAGGAGAUCACACGCAGGAAACUGAAGGACCAAGAUGGGAAGCCGAAGAGGGUUGGUAUCCAGGACAACCGUGACGGGACAUACCUGGUGUCGUACGUCCCUGACAAGGUGGGGCGUUACACCAUCGUGAUAAAGUACGGAGGAGAUGAGAUCCCUGCCUCGCCCUACCGGGUCAGAGCCACUUCCUCAGGAGACGCCAGCAAGUGCACAGUCACCGGUCCCGGUAUUGCCCCCAUCAUCGCGGUCGGGGAGGAGGUGGGCUUUGUGGUGAACGCUAAGGCAGCUGGGAAGGGGAAGGUGACAUGUAUCGUGGUGACGCCGGAUGGGACGGAGGUGGAGGCUGAUGUCAUCCAGAACGAGGACGGAACAUUCGAUAUCUUCUACACCGCCCCGACCCCCGGGAACUAUGUCAUAUACGUACGCUUUGGAGGGGAGAACAUCCCCAAGAGCCCCUUCAAAGUCAUGGUGACAGACGGGUCCUAUCACCCAGCCAACCGUAUGAACGGAACCGGUUUCAGGCCCUUCGACAUGGUCAUUCCUUUCGCCUUCCGCAAGGGAGAGAUCACAGGUGAGGUCCACAUGCCGUCAGGGAAGACUGCUCAGCCUGAGAUCAUGGACAACAAGGACGGGACAGUCACAGUGAAGUUUGCCCCCACUGAGGCCGGCCUACACGAGAUGCACAUAAAGUACAAUGGAACGCACAUUCCAGAGUCUCCUCUGCAGUUCUAUGUGAACAACGCCAACAGUGCCAACGUGACUGCAUCCGGUCCCGGUCUGGUCUACGGCGUCGCCAACAAGACCGCCAUGUUCACCAUCUACACAGAGGACGCUGCCGAGGGAGGGUUGGACCUGGCCAUCGAGGGUCCGUCCAAGGCAGAUAUCACCUGUUUGGAUAACAAAGAUGGUACCUGCACAGUGACCUACCUGCCUGUUCUGCCUGGAGACUACCAUAUACUGGUCAGAUACAACGACAAGCACAUCGCUGGCAGCCCCUUCAACGCUAGGAUCACCGAGGAGAAACGUUGUUCCCAGUUGAAGCUGGGCUCUGCAGCGGACUUCUCCCUGGACAUUACAGAAACUGACCUGUCUCUACUUACCGCCAGCAUCAAGGCCCCCUCUGGCCGCGACGAACCCUGUCUGCUCAAGAGACAACCCAACAACCACAUCGGUAUUUCCUUCAUCCCGAGGGAGGUGGGGAGCACGUCGGUGAGCAUCAAGAAGAAUGGCUCCAUUUCCCAACAGCCCAUCACAAUCAUGGUUGUGCAAUCCGAGAUCGGCGACGCCUCCAAGGUGGGCAAGGUGUACGCAGGGCUGGUCGAGGGACACACCUUCGACAUGUCCGACUUUGUGGUGAACACUCGUCACCCAGGUUACGGGGGUCUGGCCCUAUCUGUUGAGGGGCCCAGUAAGGUGGACAUCCAGACCCAGGACAUGGAGGAUGGGACGUGUGUUGUCUCCUACUGCCCAUCAGAACCAGGCUCCUACAUCGUCUCCGUACGUUUCGCUGACCAACACGUGCCAGGCAGCCCGUUCACAGUGAAGGUGACAGGUGAGGGCCGUAUCAGAGAGAGCAUCACCAGGAGACAGAAGGCUGCGUCCAUAGCCACCGUCGGCAGUGUCUGUGACCUCAACCUCAAGAUACCAGAGAUGGACAUCCAUGACGUGUCAGCCCAGGUAACCAGUCCCUCUGGCACCACAGAGAAGGCAGACAUGGAGGCGGUGGGGCCCAACACCUACUGCGUACGCUUCGUUCCCCACGAGAUGGGAAUUCACACGGUGGAUGUGAAAUACAGGGAUCAGCAUAUUCCCGGGAGCCCCUUCCAGUUCACUGUGGGGCCCCUGGGAGAGGGAGGGGCUGGGAAGGUCAGGGCCGGUGGGCCAGGCCUAGAGAAGGCUGAGUGUGGAGUACCAGCUGAGUUUAGUAUCUGGACACGGGAGGCUGGUGCCGGUGGUCUGUCCGUCGCUGUAGAGGGGCCCAGCAGAGCUGAGAUCUCCUUUGAAGACAGGAAGGAUGGAUCCUGUGAGGUGUCUUACGUAGCUCAGGAGCCUGGUGACUAUGAGGUGUCGGUGAAGUUCAAUGAGGAGCACAUCCCAGACAGCCCGUACCUUGUGCCCGUCAUGGCGCCUACGGACGACGCCCGCCGCCUCACUGUUGCUAGUCUUCAGGAGUCUGGCCUCAAGGUAAACCACCCAGCAUCCUUUGCGGUACAUCUGAACGGUGCCAAGGGAACCAUCGACGCCAAGGCCCACUCACCCUCCGGAGCUCUGGAGGAAUGUGCCGUGUCUAAGCUAGAGCAAGAUAAGUAUGCUAUCAGGUUUAUCCCGCGCGAGAACGGCCUCCACUCCAUCGACGUCAAGUUCAACGGCAGCCACAUCCCCGGUAGCCCUUUCCAGGUGCGGGUAGGAGAGCCUGGUCAGACCGGAGACGCAGGGCUGGUCACUGCACACGGAGCUGGACUGGAGAGAGGGACCACAGGCCAGCAGUCAGAGUUCGUCAUCAACAACACAAAGGCGGGCCCCGGCGCCCUGGCGGUGACGAUUGAGGGCCCCUCCAAGGUCAAGAUGGACUGCCAGGAGUGUCCAGAGGGAUACAAGGUCCAGUACACUCCCAUGGCCCCUGGGAACUACCUGAUUUCCAUCAAAUACGGAGGACCCAACCACAUCACUGGCAGCCCCUUCAAGGCCAAAGUCACAGGUCAACGCCUGGUGAAUGUGAGUAACGCCAGUGAGACGUCCUCCCUGAUGGUGGAGUCAGUAACCAAGUCAUCCAGUACCAACUCCUACAGCGCCCUGCCUCGUUCUGCCUCCGACGCCAGUAAGGUGGCCACCCGCGGCCCAGGCCUCAGUAAGGCCUACAUGGGCCAGAGGGCCAGCUUCUCCGUCGARUGCAGCAAGGCUGGUAAGAACAUGUUGCUGGUGGGAGUCCACGGCCCCCACAUCCCCUGUGAGGAGGUAUCAGUGAAACACACGGGGAACAUGCAGUACAACGUCUCCUAUAUCCUCAAGGAGAAGGGCAACUACGUCCUGGCUGUCAAGUGGGGCGAGGACCACGUCCCCGGCUCCCCCUUCCAUGUCACUGUCCCCUAGAGACCUGGGGGGGGACCCAAAUGGCACCCUAUUCCCUGUGUAGUGCACUACGUUGACCAGUACUGCAUGAGGAAUAGUGUACACUUUACUGUCCUCUAUUCACCUCUAUCCCAUCUGUCUACCAGACGCUCCUCUAUUCACCUCUGUCCCAUCUGUCUACCAGACGGCCAUGGAGUGGAGGAACUACAUAUUUGUUUAAACACAAAACCUCUUAAUACACCCUAUAGUUAUUAUUAUGAAUGGAACAAUUUGCACUCAACAAUAUUUCAUAAUAUAGUAUAAAGUAAAUUGAUGAUAUUGUUAUCAACUAAAUAUGUCAAACCAAGUUAAACAGAGCCCAAAUGUUUAAAAGUCAAGACUUAAGUUUUUUUGUUUACUACUGAUGGUUGUGGUUAUGAGAUUGUACAGCAACACMAUAGAUGUGAUCCUAUGUUUUCAGCCCUAACCACCAGCCAUGCUAACCGCUGCACAAGAUCACUACUCAAUCAAUCCCGAAUUGUUCUGUUUCUACAAACUACUGUUUUUGUUAGUUUUUUUUUGGACUGGACUGAGAGGUCUGACUGUCUUCAUGUAUGGUGGGUUAAAAAUGUGCUCGUCAAAAGCUGUUAUGUACUGGGUUUUGUACUGUCAUUUUCAGACGUGUUCUUGAUUUAGCUGUUGUUCCUAAGUCUUACGUAUUGUAACUAUGUAAUGUAGGUCAAUAGGAAAAGAGAUUGCAACUGAACUAAAUGGUAGUCAACUCUCUUUAACAUUGGACUUUGUAGUAAUCUGAUUGGUUUUCUGUUCAGCUUUUGAAUUAGCAUUUUAAACUUCAUCUGUACGUCCACUUCUCUUACAAAAAACAAUCUGUCUCGAGGACUUUGCCAAUUCCUGUCCUUAUAACCUGUAUCUUCAGCAAUAACUUCAGAGAAUAAAUAUGUAUUUGUACUUCUGA